AUGGGCGGGGAGAGCAAUGCGAUUGGGCAGGAGGCGCUGGUGUAUGACAAGAUGUUCCGUGUCAUGCGGACCGUAGGCGAGAUGAUGCGCGACCGCCGCUACCAAGUCGCCGACCGCGUCAUCCCCGCCAGCGCAGAGGAGUUCAAGGACUGGUACAGCGACGCGCGCGAGGGGACAAUCCACCGCGAGCGCAUGACAGUCCCUUGCGAGCGCGUCGGCGGGGCGCAGCGUAGUCGCGCAAUGGUGUUCUUCGCCGAUGGCCUCUCGAUGGAGGCGAUGAAGCGCUAUCAUACGCAGGCGACGGAGGCGAACUGCGAUCGCGUCAUAAUCGUGUCGCACGGCAAGAUGAACGCAACGGUAAAGCGGCACGUCGACGACCUCAACCGCAGCAGCCUCAGCCUGAAGAUCCAACUCUUUGACGAGGAUGACCUGGUGGUCAACAUCACACACCACGAGCUGGUGCCGAAGCACACGCAACUGGAGGAGGAGGAGAUAAAGGAGAUGCUGCAGGCGCACGCGCUGGAGCUGAGCAUGCUGCCGCGCAUUCUCUCCACUGACCCAGUCGCAGCGUAUCUGGGGCUGGAGCGCGGCAGCGUCGUGCGGAUUGAGCGCAAGAGCAUGUCAGCCGGCUUCUACGUAACGUACAGGCAGGUGGUGUGA